GACAUGUUUAUUUACGUGAGAGUGGGCGACAGCAUCCUACAGAACAGGUGGGACGGUUUCCGUGGGUUUGUUAUGAUGAACCAGCCGUUCGCUUAGCCGGUUGCUAGGUACAGGUCAGCUGGUGAAGUAAGUUGCUAUUUAAAGCUGACGGAAGGGUAGAAAUACAACCCCCAGUGUCCUGUCGCGCUGGUCCGAGGCAAUAUAUUUGAGCGUCUUAUUAUAGAGGACAAUGCUACGAACAUGAUCAGGGUCGAUGGCAUCUCAAAAUGCGAGGGGACUCGGCAUCAGACAGACAGGAGGAGACCACCUGCAGAGAUGCUCCAUCUGCUUUCAGCCAUCAUUGUUUGGCUGGUGACUGGCACCACCAUCUCCAGCCUCAACAAGUGGAUAUUUGCAGUUUACAACUUCAGGUAUCCCCUGCUGCUGUCAGCUCUCCACAUGCUCACAGCCAUAGUGGUGGACUAUGGACUGAUCAAACUUCGGGUGAUCCACCACAGAGGAGCUGCUGAGCAGGACCUGACCGCCAGUGCCAAAUGUAAGGUGUUCCUGUUGAGUCUGACUUUUUGUGCCAGUAUCGCCUUUGGAAACAUGGGUCUGAACUAUGUCCAGCUGUCGUUCGCACAAAUGAUCUACACCACCACACCGCUCUUUACCCUUGCCAUUUCGGCCCUGAUCCUGGGCAAGCAGCAUCACAUCCUCAAAUACACAGCCAUGAUGCCCAUCUGCCUGGGAGCAUCCUUCAGCAUAAUGGGAGAGGUCCAGUUCGACCAGACUGGCUGUUUUUUUGUGUUUGCAGCAACCCUGCUGCGGGGCGUCAAAUCCAUUCAGCAAAGCAUUUUGCUCCAGGAGGAGAAGAUCAACUCCGUGUUCCUGCUCUACCUGAUGUCCAUCCCCAGCUUCUGCAUCUUGAUGGUUGCCGCUCUGGCUUUAGAAAACUGGGCCCUGCUAGAGUCGCCGCUGCAUUACGACCAUCACCUGUGGGUCUUCAUCCUGCUCAGCUGCCUGGGCUCGGUCAUGUACAACCUGGCCAGCUGCUGCGUCCUCACGCUUACCUCGGCCGUCACUCUGCACAUCCUCGGGAACCUGAACGUGGUGGGGAACCUGCUGCUGUCUCAGCUGCUGUUUGGCAGCGAGCUGUCCGCCCUCAGCUGCGCCGGGGCAGUGCUGACGCUGUCGGGGAUGCUCAUUUAUCAGAACUCUGAGUUCAUCGUCAGCUUCCUGGACGCUCGCAGGGCUAAAGCCGAAGCUUCUAAACUUUUGCAGUUUCACAGCCUGACUGGAGAGGAUUUGGUUGAACAAACUCCUCGUCAGCUGAGAGUAGACAGGAAGCAGGAGGACAAAAUAGACUAAAAUAAAACAGGACUAAACCAAUAAACACGCCUGAUACACUGUACUUUCUGUUGUUUACUCUCUGUGUGAGUAAAUAAAGAGAAACGGGAGUGUGACCUUACUGUAAAUGUUCAUUAGCAUGGAGCUGAUUCAUUAGCACAGGAUCAAACCUAUAAAACACUCCUAUCUAGCUGUUAGCGAUUUAUGCAUGCACACACACACACACUGAACUGUUCUUUACCUGUUGAGGUAUUUUCUUUCACACACACACACACACACACACACACACACACACACACACACACACACACACACACCCUACUCCACUGUGAAAAAAGGCUCUAAGCCAGGUUCAGGAUUGUGGAAGAUGUCUUCUGCAGUGACUUUAAAGUGAUAGUUCACACCUGUCAGAAUUUAUAACCAUUGUUGUAGAACUCUGAAUAAUCUCAGGACUGAAAAGUAGAGCUCACGUUUGACUGGAUAGAUGAGCUAACCAAACAGAGCCUAGAUCUGAGCGAUCCUCUGAGGCAGGUCGGGGGCUUAGAGAAGCACUUUGUCCAGAGUUUGAAUUGUUUGUAUUAAGAAGGUUUAUUUAUGAAACUGUUACUUGAUGUUCUCCUGGCCACGCUAGGGUAAGGGACCGGGCUUUAUGGCAGCUGUUUUUCUUUUGUUGUUGAUGUUUGAAGCAUCAAAAUUUUGCCUGAUGUUGGACUAAAAUUUAGCUUUUCUAACUCUGAGGUUCUUCUGACUUAAGCAAACUUUCCAGGCAAAGAGAUGCUCCUUCUCCUACUGAAGCACACUUCUCUGAGCUGAACACUUUCCUGUGAUUUCACUCUGGAGACAUAGAUUUUGUUCUCACACCAACCUGAACAACCCAUCUCAGCAGAGUUAGUCCAAUUCUGCCUUUUAGAACAGAACGCUCUUUUCCUCGCAGCCUAGCUUCAUAAUUAGCAUCACUAGUCCUCUAAGGAGUGUCACUCAACUUUGGCUAUUUUUGGAAGAGAUAAAGAAGGGUGUUGAUCUCUCCUUUGUAGCCUGAAAUGUUUUUGUGCCACUAAGAAUUAUUUUUAGGCUGGAAAAUGUUUUUGGUUUUGUGCAAAAUAGAAAUGUAUGCAUUAGUGUAUUUAUUUUAUUAUGACCGAAGGAAUUGUUGGCUUUUAGUGCUGUUUUUGCCCUCGAGCCACCUGGAGCUAGGUACCUGUUAUUUUUAUCAGCGCCAUUCUCUCGUACUGCUAAGAUGAAACACAACAUCUGAUCCUGAAAGAAAAUUAUGUUUGACACAUUUUUGUGUUGCUAGCCUCAGUUCCCAUGUGAUCACUUAAAAAAACAUUGUUCUCUUCCCCUGACUCCUAUGUAUUUAUUUUAUUGUAUUAUUUUUUUAAUUUUGCCAAAAGAAAAUAUACAUCUAUAUUUCAAAUGUGCUGUUUUUAUAUAGUGAAUAUAUCCCAAGUUUUUAUUUUCAAAAUUUUAAAAUCUUUUGAAGAUAAAAGUGCAUCACAACCAGAUUAAAAUUUGCAAUCACGGCACAUUUUCCCUGGUUUGACAUACUUGGACAUGUAUAAGCAAGCAGCUCUCCCACGGUAAAGCUUCAUUUAAAAGAUUAUUUCAGCAAAGAAUCAGAUCAGGUUAAAUAUCAGGAAAAAAAAGACCUAUUUGCACAUGUUGAUUGGAUUUGGCAGGUUUGGCUGCUGCUCUGUCAUUUUCUAUGUACAUUAUUUUGUUAGGGAGAUUUAACUGGCGGUGCAGACGCUGCCUUCACAAGCCCACCGUUCUUUUGUGCAUUCUGAGUUUGAUAUUUUGCCAUGCUUGUUUGAAUCUAAAUUGUUAUUUUAAUAUAUAUUUAAGUACUUUGUUGUCAUGUGUGGCUGGUCUAAACUACACUGGUUUAAGAAUGAAA